AUGAAUCUUUUACGAACUGAAAUUGAAAAAAGAUGGCUAAUAGAAGCUUGUUCUAUACCUGAAAAAGCUUUUGAAGAAGUUUCUAAGUUAUGCAGGAUUGAAAACAAGUAUCUUAAUAAAAAUAGUGGUAUUUACAAAUAUGUGUUUGAAUGUCACCAUGCUAGAAAAUAUUAA